GGAUCGGUCUCCAUGGAAGUAGCUUCCCAGCGGGAGACCCAUUUUAGAGAGCUCUUCUGGGUCGAUCCAUUUGAUGGGUUGCGCAGCGGCACCUCCAUCCAUUUAAGAGAAGUUGCCGCUGGGAAGCUUCAUUUCGAGAGGAGCUACCCAGCGGCAGGUCCACCCGAAUUAUAGGAGCUGCCACUGGGCAGCUUCAUUUGAGGGGUGAUUGAUGUAUUCCGGUUAAAACAUGUGUCUAGGUUUUACUUAUCCUUCAUAAGGAUUUGGUGGCAAGAACUUGAUUUGAUCAGCAAAAAAAAUGGGUUACAUAGGCGCUCGUGGUGUAGCAGCUCUGCAUAGAUACAAGUAUAGUGGCGUGGAUUACUCUUACCUGGCCAAAUACGUGCUGCAACCCUUUUGGAGUCGCUGUGUCAAUUUCUUCCCGCUUUGGAUGCCACCAAACAUGAUAACACUUACGGGAUUUAUGUUCUUGGUUACAUCUGCUUUGCUUGGCUAUAUAUAUUCACCUCAUUUGGAUUCGCCACCCCCAAGGUGGGUUCAUUUCGCGCAUGGAUUACUUCUAUUUUUAUAUCAGACUUUUGAUGCUGUUGACGGGAAGCAAGCACGAAGAACAAAUUCUUCUAGCCCAUUGGGGGAGCUUUUUGACCAUGGAUGUGAUGCACUUGCAUGUGCGUUUGAGAGUAUGGCCUUUGGGAGCACUGCCAUGUGUGGAAGAGAUACUUUCUGGUUCUGGGUUAUUUCUGCUGUUCCAUUUUAUGGAGCAACAUGGGAGCACUAUUUCACAAAUACACUAAUCCUACCAGUAAUCAAUGGACCUACGGAGGGUCUUGCAUUAAUAUAUGUAUGCCACUUCUUUACAGGCUUUGUUGGUGCUGAAUGGUGGGCUCAGGAAUUUGGAAAGUCCUUGUCCUUCUUGAGUUGGGUGCCAUUUCUUAGCGAAAUACCUACCCACAGGGCAGUAUUAUAUUUGAUGAUAGCAUUGGGUGUUACACCUACGGUCACAUUCAAUGUGUCCAAUGUCUAUAAGGUGGUUCAGGCAAGAAAAGGAAGCAUGUUACUGGCAUUAGCUAUGCUUUAUCCUUUUGCUGUGCUUCUGGCAGGAGUUCUAGUUUGGGAUUACCUAUCUCCAUCAGAUCUAAUUAGGAACUACCCACAUUUAGUUAUAUUGGGAACUGGACUUGCAUUUGGGUUUCUUGUGGGGAGGAUGAUUUUGGCUCAUCUCUGUGAUGAACCAAAAGGAUUGAAAACUAACAUGUGCAUGUCACUGUUGUAUCUUCCCUUUGCCAUUGCAAAUGUGCUCACAGCCAAAUUGAAUGAUGGGGUGCCUUUGGUUAAUGAGUUCUGGAUGGUUCUUGGUUACUGUGUAUUCACAGUUUCAUUGUAUUUACACUUCGCAACGUCUGUCAUACAUGAAAUCACAGCAGCGCUGGGAAUUAAUUGCUUCAGAAUAACUAGGAAAGAAGCCUGAAAAUUCUAUCAUUAUUUUCAGCUGGCUGCUCGGGAUCAAAUCAAGCAAGACUGGUGGCAUGGGAAUGUCUUUUUUGAUUGAAACAUUGAUGAUGGAUUUGUAUGUGGCCCACUCAAAACAACCUAGUUCAUCCGCUAUUAUAGUAAGUUUAUUCAGUUUCGUAGUGGAAUAGGCAGUCAUAUGUUGGUGACUGUUUUCAGACAUUAAUUGAGAAAAAAAAGAAGAAAACUAUCAAACUGUGGAUUUCUUGGUUAUUAAGCAUGUGAUGAGGGAUGAUGAGACUUACUGGUUUUAUUAGGAGUUUGGGUUGAGAUUUGCGCAUGUAUUCUUAAGAGUGGCAAUAGAGCUUUUACCAGCUCAUGGGGUGCUGGACGUAGGCUGUUAGAGCAACCAACUGCUAAGUCAGAUCACAUUUGUAAGAGCUCUAGUGUUGAAACUGUUAUAGAGUAUAGAUUUGGUGCCAAGAAGAGUUAUGCGGUGCUCUUGCUCUCAGGCCAAUAUAUCAGAGCAAUUCAACCCUCUUGAAAUUUUGAUUGUUUUGAACUCAGUGAUUGAGAUUUAUUACAGAUGGAUCUGACUUGUUAAAAAUCAAUGAUUCCAACAAUUUGUUUUUAUUGCCAA